AUGGCACGCGUCAUCUUCACUGGUGCAGUCCAGCAGACAGCGGGAACAAAGAUGGCAUCCAAGACACCUGGCGUGAGCACUACAACUGUCAUGCAAGCCUCAGCACAGAAAGAAAAGCAGAAGCAGCAAGCCCAGGCCAUAACACAAGACCAGAGCCUGGCCUUAGUCCAGAUCAUGCUUCAUGCCUCUUUUGGCACCUUGUUCUACCUGAGGAGAAAUAUCCAGGAGAGACGCGCACAACCGUUGAAGAUUAUCGUGCGCGGCAAGAAUCCGAAGGCGGAUAAGUUGCUUGAUCUUCUUGAACACGGGAUAUUCGACGCCAUUGAGAAGAGCUUCCUGGAAGCGGUGCAGAUGACCGUUUUCGUGGACAAAACGGAAUCCUCGCACGUGCUGGAAAGCUAUACAUUCACUUUCAAGUAUAUCGGGGGAUGUAAACAAAAAGGGGCUGGCGAUGAUAUCGGCAAGAGGUUAUCUAGUGUCGUCCUCGAAUCGACAGGUUGUACAGCGGAUAUGAAAACGGUCAGGACGGCACGGCGUGGCUUGGAGAUGAUCGUUCGCCGCCUGAUUACGCUGAGCGAACGGUACAUGGAAAUACAUCUCUUUUACACUGAGGGUUCCCCUCCGGAAUACGAACCCCCUGGAUUCAAGACCGCUGAGCAUAACGACCUGUUAUUCGCGCAGAAUGAGCUGUGGUCGAGGGAAACGCAGUCGUGUGGUGCAAUGGAGACGGGGAUCCACAGUGUUGGGUUAAAGAUUAGUUCUUUGAAAUGGUCUGGGACGGACUACCCGAGCUCGGAAUAUGUACCUGAAAUCCCAGCAGACAUUGGGUAUAGCGAUAGAGUUCGCCGUGAUGAAGAUAUCGGUAUUAGUGACGUGGAUACCGCCGUUCGGGAUCUUGGAUUGUCGACUCAAGAAAGCAGCCAGGUUUCUACUCAGACCCGCCAAGAUGAAGCUCUUAAAAGAGAUUUGCAGAAAAUGAUUCCGCUGGCAACUUCGACCCCUGACAGUGAUUUCAUUCCAACUCAGAGGAACCCUGACCCCCUCCAAGCUGCAACAGCAAAACCGCAGCUCUCUCAAGUCAAAAUUUUACAAUUGGGAGCGCGGAACCAGGUGUUAGAUUCACUUCGAUAUGAUCAGAACAAGGAACGUUCAGGUCCUUGCCACCCUGGAAUCGUCCGUUGUGAGUGUGGAUCGAACUCAGACAGUCCCAGCAUGCUCCAAUGCGCCUUCUGCAAAACUCGGCAGCAUCCGACCUGUUACGGGUUCGCCCAUGCGCAGGAUCCAGCCAUCCCAGAAACUCAGGCAUGUUACAAAUGUCUGCUGGAACCGCAAGAAAGAGACCUGGUGCAGGAUAUGCGGACGCUGGUUUUGCUGCGUCGGGCUCUUUUGGUCAUUGUCGAAGAGGGCUAUCCGAAUCGCGUUCGCGAUUUUGCUCAGAAGUUGAAUUGCAACGGCCAGACAAUUGUCCAGAUUACGGAUAUGUUGAGGAAGCAGGGUUUUCUGCUCGCAACCCCCGGCCUCCAAGUCAAAGGGGUUCUUGGAAAAGGGGCUUCCGAAGUUCACCCUGUCCACUGA